UAGAAGUAAUCGUAGUUAUUAAAACAGGUUUCAUUAACUUCAGCGUAUCAGAUAACGCCGAUCGUAAUAAUUUUAUAAUGUAUAAAUUUUAUGGUGCAAGUGUUAAAACUAGCGUAGUGCUGAUUGUAUUGUUUACUAAGUUGUGUGGUUUGACAGAAUGUCGACGGGUUAAGAGAGUUGUUAACGGAAAUGAAGUUCGAUGCGGUACCGAACCUCGUGUGGGCUCCUUACAUAGGAGAGACACACAGGAACAUCUUUGUGGGGCAGUGGUUCUUUCUCGGAAUUUCGCCAUAACAGCAGCGCAUUGUGUACAUCUAUCUGAAGACAAUUAUGUUCUCCAGCUUAAUAAUUACUGUAUCAGAGAUGGUGAAACUAGGCCAAUAGCUAAAAUUACGCAAAUUAUAACAAAUGAUCUGUAUGAUAGUGGAAAUCAUUCGUUAACAUUUUUGUUAAGUACGCAUUUCAUCAGAAAAAUUGGUACCUGCCUGCGUGAUUCGAACAACAGGGCAUCAAAAGCGCACGACAUUGCUUUGUUGAGAAUUACACUAGAUUUGAAUGACGCGAACUCUGAAUGGCUUAAUGAAUCAGUGCUGCCGAGCUCCUCAUUUGGUGUGUCAGGUGAAUGUACUAUUUACGGCUACGGUUACAAGGAUGUUAACACAAUGAAGACAUCGGAUGUGUUGUCAUCCGGUGAAGUUAUAAUAAUUUCGCUGGACGAAUGUACACAAAAAUUGGGACCGUUCGUAGCGCCACAACCAGACAGCGGAAUGAUGUGCGCUAUUGGUUAUGGAGUAGAUGCUUGUCAGGGUGAUUCGGGUAGUCCCUUGAUAUGCGAAGGUUUAAUACAAGGCAUCAGUAGCUACGGAAUGAGCUGCGGUGUAUCGAAUCUUCCCGGAAUAUACACCAGCAUAGGUGCUCACCUGGACUUCAUACAAAACGCAAUUCAAACACAGAACCAAAUAAAAACCAAUGCUUCUGCGAAUAUUGAAUAAAGUUUCAGUUAAAAAAUUUCAAAUUAAAUUUUGAUAGUCAAUUUACAGAACCGAUUGGGGCUAAUUCUCAGCUAUAUUUUAUUUGUUUGUAUUUUAUAGUUUGUGAUUCUUAAUUGUUAAUUGGUGCUAUUCAUCUUGUCUAUAUACUUUAGAUAAAAAAAUAAACGAGAUUUUGAA